GGGACUUGCCCCCGCUCGGGGCAUGCGCCUCUUCCUUGGGUCUGGAGGCUGGAGCUUAGAAACCCGGCAGGAGAAGAGCUGGGGGUCCUGCUUCUCUGUCCGCAGCUGAACCGAGUCUUCAGGGAUUGGAAUUCCGUGUGAAAGGCAAACCCAGGAAGGUCACCCCGGCUGCAGACGCCUCUAAACAAGAUGGUGUAUCACCUCUGCCCAAGGAUGUGAGCAGGGUACUAGGCUCAAUCACAUCUUCUGUGACAGCAGAAGAUCUGGACCCCCCAGCUCAGAGUGCUGUAUUCCCUACACUUCCCUCAUACCGCUCCAUCUGCAGGCAUCACCAUGGCAGUGCAGAACAGAAACACUAGUUUUGCUUCCAACUUUAGUCUACCCCAAGACCAUGCCUCCUCCCUCCACUUCAACUUCAGUUAUGGUGAUUAUGACCUCCCUCUGGAUGAAGAUGAGGACAUGACCAAGACCCGGACCUUCUUUGCAGCCAAGAUCGUCAUUGGAGUGGCACUGGCAGGCAUCAUGCUAGUCUGUGGCAUUGGCAACUUUGUCUUCAUUGCUGCCCUUGCCCGCUACAAGAAGCUGCGCAACCUCACCAACCUGCUCAUUGCUAACCUGGCCAUCUCCGACUUCCUGGUGGCCAUUGUCUGUUGCCCCUUUGAGAUGGACUAUUAUGUGGUACGUCAGCUCUCCUGGGAACAUGGCCAUGUGCUGUGUGCUUCUGUCAACUACCUGCGUACUGUCUCCCUCUACGUCUCCACCAAUGCCCUGCUGGCCAUCGCUGUUGACAGAUAUCUUGCCAUCGUUCACCCCUUGAAACCACGAAUGAAUUAUCAAACCGCCUCCUUCCUGAUUGCUUUGGUCUGGUUGGUUUCCAUCCUCAUUGCCAUCCCAUCAGCCUACUUUGCAACCGAAACCGUCCUCUUUAUUGUCAAAAACCAGGAAAAGAUCUUCUGUGGCCAGAUCUGGCCAGUGGAUCAGCAGCUCUAUUAUAGGUCCUACUUUCUGUUUAUCUUUGGCCUCGAGUUCGUAGGGCCUGUGGUCACCAUGACCCUGUGCUAUGCCAGGAUCUCCCAGGAGCUCUGGUUCAAGGCAGUCCCUGGGUUCCAGACAGAGCAGAUCCGUAAGCGACUGCGCUGCCGCCGGAAGACAGUCCUGGUGCUCAUGUGCAUCCUUACAGCCUACGUGCUGUGCUGGGCACCCUUCUAUGGCUUCACCAUUGUGCGCGACUUCUUCCCCACUGUGUUUGUGAAAGAGAAGCACUACCUCACCGCCUUCUACGUCGUUGAGUGCAUCGCCAUGAGCAACAGCAUGAUUAACACUGUGUGCUUCGUGACAGUCAAGAACAACACCAUGAAGUACUUCAAGAAGAUGAUGCUACUUCACUGGCAACCCUCUCACCAUGGGAGCAAGUCCAGUGCUGAACUUGACUUCAAAACCAGUGGGGUGCCUGCCACUGAAGAGGUGGAUUGUAUCAGGCUGAAGUGACAUGGUAGCGUUACACAACUGAAAACCCAAAUCCAGUACUCAGAGCAUCAUCAAUCAAAUUCACAGCCUGAAUGGAAAAGAACAAUCAUAUUCAUGCCUCCUGUCUUUACAGAGCUAGAUGCUUCAAAGUCAUAACAAAUAAUGAGGCUGGACACAAACCACAACCCAGACAUUUACUGAUAUCUGCUGAUAUCAUUAGCCUGCUGAGUACACCAUCACAACCAUAAGAGCAGACACAAGUAGCAGCAACUGACAUGGACUGAAUAUCUACUGCGAGCAAGCCACACCAAUGAGAUUAGACAGAGACAACAGGAUUGUCCUACCUACUGUGUACAAUGACAUUUAAAAAAUCAAAAUGGCAGAAGUUAUCAGAGUCGACAAAACUACAUCUAGACAUAUAGAUGGCUAGGAAGAGACCACCAAUGGCAUCUGGACUCUCCCUCCAUGAUCCCUCAUUCUGUAUUUUAUCUGAACAGGAAUGCUCAAAGCUAUAGAAUAAUAAGGCAUUUAGACAUAAUUAAAAUGUAAGGAUAAGCCCAUCAGUAUGGAGUCUAUAGCCUCAACCUAGCUCCUACUAUCUCCUGAUAUGUUCUCCAGGAUUGUGGCUGCCAAAGAAGAAUUUUUCUUGCAGUCCAUCCAGCCUUAUGGCCCUUCUACAAUGGUGUAAUGUCGAAGGAGAGAACUAAAAAAAGUCUUACUGACGGGGUUGGAAUCUCAUCACUCUAUUGGGUGAAGAUGGUCAAUCCUGAGAUGAGGAAUACAUUCAGUUCCUUAUACACUUCAGUGUAAAGGAUUUCAGGGGCUCUGGGGCCCGAAAGAAAGAGCACGAAAAAAAAAAAAAGAGUGAAGGUUGCCACUGGUAAUAAACAUAAUCUGUGUGGCCAUUUGGCUAAAACCCGAAUAUUUUUGGAACAUACUCUCUUUUACAAAAGAAGCUCUGCUCAGAACCCAAAGACCAGACCAGAGUUCUAGGUCUCAUGUGACCUACCGGUUUCCUGUGUGGAUGUCUCAUUUUGUUUUAAUGAUAUGGAAAUAAUCAAAACUUCUGCCUUCCCUGCCACUGGGAGAGCCCAUGUUCAGCAUGUGAACAUGAUUUGAACUAUACACAUGAAAGGAAUGAAUAAGUAAUAUUGUACUGGUUGUUUGGAGGGAGUUGUUUAGAAACUCCAUGCACUGUGGUUUAUUAUGGAGAAACACCUGCACCUUUUUUAUCUCUGUUCUUUGGACCAGUGACCCUUGAACUCUUUUCACAGAAACUCAUCUCAAGUGGGGCAAAAAGGCAUCCCUGCCUGUAAUCCCAGCAGGUAGGGAGGCUAAGGCAGGAGGAUCAAGGGCUCAAAGCUAGUGGCAAGGAGCUAAGCAACUUAGUGAGACCCUGUCUCUAAAUAAAAUACAAAAAUAGGGCUGGGGAUGUGGCUCAGUGGUCAAGUGCCCCUGAGUUCAAUCCCUGGUACCCCCCACAAAAAAAGGCACCCCUGUCCCAGGAUAUAAUCAAGAAAAUGUAGCCUCUCAGCAUCGCUAUGGUCUUAGAAGUGUUGACAGUCUUUUCAGCAUGUUGUCCUCAGCACACCACAGUGCUGCAUAAAUAGAAUUUCUGAAUCCAUUAUUAUUACUAUACAAUUGUGGUGAUCAUAUAUAUGUAUCCUCAUUUCUUCCUGACUCAUACUGAAGCAGAGACUGUACAAAUGGUACCUGGUUUGAGAUUGAACCAUCCAUACUUGGUUGAUUCCAAGUUUUCUGAGGAGAAGGAAUUGUUUAGUUGCUUAUUUCUUUUUUCCCAUAUUUUUGAAUUGGUGCAUUAUAGUUGUAUAUAACAGUGGGAUUUGUUGCUACAUAGUCAUACAUGCACAGAAUCUAACGAUAUAUUUUGGCCAAUUUCAUUCCCCAGUAUUUCCCCCUUUCCGCCCCUCCUCCCUCCCCUAGUCCUUUCCCUCUAUU